UUCUUGGAGAUAGUGGGGUGGGAAAGACUUCAUUGAUGAAUCAAUAUGUAUACAAUAAGUUCAGCCAACAAUACAAAGCUACAAUUGGUGCUGAUUUUGUCACAAAGGAGCUACAAAUUGAUGACAAAUUGGUCACUUUGCAAAUUUGGGACACAGCAGGCCAGGAAAGGUUUCAAAGUCUAGGGGCUGCGUUUUAUAGAGGGGCAGAUUGCUGUGUUCUUGUUUAUGAUGUAAAUGUUCUCAAAUCCUUCGAAUUGCUUCAUAAUUGGCGCGAAGAAUUUCUCAAACAGGCAGAUCCAGCUGAUCCUGAGUCAUUUCCCUUUGUAAUACUUGGAAACAAGAUUGACAUUGAUGGAGGAAACAGCAGAGUGGUUCCUGAGAAAAAAGCCAUUGAAUGGUGUGCUUCAAAAGGAAACAUGCCUUAUUUUGAGACCUCAGCAAAAGAAGAUUACAACAUUGAUGAAGCAUUCCUUUGUGUUGCCAAAAUUGGUCUUGCCAAUGAAAACCAACAAGACAUAUAUUUCCAGGGCAUUUCUGAAACUGUUUCUGAAGUUGAGCAAAGAGGAGGCUGUGCAUGCUGAAGUACAAAUUCCUUGCCUAAUUAAAUAUUGAACCCAUUUCUAAUUUUCUUGUUUUUUAAUUAAUUCUUUCAUUAUAUUAAUUCCCCCUCCUAUUAUUAUCAUUAUUAUUAGUAUUAUUUUGGGAGGAUUAAUUAAUUAAUCUCUUGUA